AUGGGAGAGGUAGUAGAAAAGGGAAGAGGAUUUGUCAGGUCUUACUUUUACAAGGAACAUGCAGAAAGAACUCACAGCCAGUUUAAAAGUAAUGCCACUGAAGCAUACCAUACAACAACUGUAAAACAUGGAGUCAAGGGAUUGUCGAUUCUUCUUCUACUACCAUUAUUUGAUAUUGUUUCAGGUUUUAUCCCUGACUACAUGCACUGUGUCUUAUUAGGAGUUUGUAGACAAAUGGUGGGUCUCUGGAUGGACACGUGUAACCAUACAGAACCAUGGUAUAUUGGACGGAAAAUCCGACUCUUUGACAAAAAACUCCUCAGUGUCAAACCACCAACGGAAAUAACACGGUCUCCCAGGUCGAUUGUUAAUAGAAAGUUUUGGAAGGCAUCUGAAUGGCGGGCAUUUUUGUUGUAUUAUGCAUUCUAUGUACUUCCUGGGAUUCUCCCACCGCCUUAUUUGGAGCAUUUUCUUCUACUGUCCUGUAGUAUUCAUUUACUAUUACAACAGUCAAUUUCAAUCAGUGACAUAAAAAAGGCUGAAACCACAUUGGUUUCAUUUGUCAAAAAAAUGGAACUGUUGUAUGGAAGAGAAAAUGUUUCCUUUAAUGUUCAUCAGCUCACACAUUUAUCAACUAGUGUUUGGAAUUGGGGACCUCUUUGGUCAACCUCAGCCUUCACAUUUGAGUCAAACAAUGCUAACAUCUCGUAUUUCAAGCCCCUGCAAGCCCGGGGACACGCUGGAGUGUGA